CAAAAAAGAGAAGCUAAUAAUACUAAUAUGGCUGCUUUGAAGAUGACUAUCUCUUGUUUCUUUUUCCUUCAAGUAAUAUCGUGCUUGCUCUCUUUAUUUGCUCCAACAACUGUGCAAGGAUUGAAAGUUGGGUUCUACGACAAGGCAUGCCCGAAAGCCGAGCUUAUUGUCAAGAAGUUUGUCUUCGAGGCAGUGAAGAAGGAUCUGACACUUGGAGCUCCUUUGCUCAGAAUGUUCUUCCACGAUUGCUUUGUUCGGGGAUGCGAAGGGUCGGUCUUGCUAGAGCUAAAGAACAAAAAAGAUGAGAAAAACGCAAUUCCUAACCUCACCCUUCGAGGAUUUGAGAUCAUAGACAAUGCCAAGGCAGCUCUAGAAAAGGAGUGUCCGGGCAUUGUUUCUUGCUCUGAUGUAUUGGCUCUUGUCGCUAGAGACGCAAUGGUUGCACUCAAUGGACCGUCGUGGGAGGUUGAAACGGGAAGAAGAGACGGUCUGGUUACAAACAUCAAUGAGGCCUUAUCAAACUUACCAUCACCAUUUAAUAAUAUCAGUAGCCUUAUCACUCAAUUCCAGUCCAAAGGCCUCGAUAAGAAAGACCUCGUUGUGCUUUCAGGUGGGCACACAAUUGGGCACGGACAUUGUCCUCAAAUCACAAACCGGCUCUACAAUUUCACCGGCAAAGGAGAUAGUGAUCCGAACUUAGACACGGAAUACGCAGCCAACCUAAGAAGAAAAUGCAAGCCAACUGAUACCACGACGGCUCUAGAAAUGGAUCCAGGAAGCUUCAAAACGUUCGAUGAAAGCUACUUCAAGCUUGUGUCUCAAAGAAGAGGGUUGUUUCAAUCUGAUGCAGCUCUGUUAGACAAUCAAGAAACUAAGUCUUAUGUUCUCAAGAAUUUGGUGAAAAGUGAUGGCUCUACUUUCUUUAAAGACUUUGGUGUCUCUAUGGUAAAGAUGGGUCGUAUUGGAGUUUUAACAGGUCAGGUUGGGGAAAUUCGCAAGAAGUGCAGAAUGGUUAAUUAAGUAUAGAUAUGUCUGUGAGACUGCGUUGUGAUUAUUAAUAUAUAUGUUUGUGUUUUUUUCUUAAAGAAUAACGUGUGGAAAUGUGUAUUAUACAAUGGAAUGUUAAACUGUAAAAUCCGAUUAUGUCAAGUGAAGAAGAAAUUUCUGUGAGAUUG